GCUAAUCGCUAACGCUAUUCCCAAACAGACCCGUAGUAAAUGGCACUACCAUGGUUUAAUAAGUCCAUUUCUAAUCUGUCUUCUGUUCUUUCUCUCUCCACAUCAUCUCAUUCAUCUUUCAUAUUCUCCAUUAGUGAUGCUCUUGUUAAAGACGACAAAAAUGAUCACGAAAUAACAACCCCAAUUAAUUGCUGCGCAUUCACUACACUCAGUGACUCUGUAGUAUGUACAUGUGCGUAAUCCUAGAACCAACCAACCAUGAACCAACAACCCUUAGCCCCGGGCAGAGUGAGUGAGUUGAAUUGAAUGAGCAUUUAAACACAUACAACUAUACAAGUACCCGGCGGGUACGUAGUUGGGCAACCCAGCAAUUCAAGAAGACAAUUCCAAGUCUAAUUAUAAGAAAACGUAACAGAGAGAGAAGGAAGGAGGAGGAGAGGAGAAUCAAUGGGGGCGGCUGCGGAAGGUGGCGGAGCAGGAGUGGGGCCCACUUUGGAAGAGGUGAGGAAGACGUUCAGGUCGGGGAAGACGAGGGAGGAGUCGUGGAGAAGGUCGCAGUUGAAGGCUCUGAUGUGCCUUCUUCAGGACAGGGAACAUGACCUCGUCACUGCCCUCAAACAAGACCUCGGCAAACCCCACGUUGAAUCCUUCAAAGACGAGAUUGGACCACUCUUGAAGUCCGUAGACUUCGCCUUGGCUAACUUGAACACUUGGAUGUCCGGCAUAAAGGCCAAACUACCGUUAGCGGCGUUCCCUGUAAAAGCAGAGAUCAUCCCUGAACCAUUGGGAGUAGUCCUCAUUUUUUCAUCAUGGAACUUUCCAAUUGGGCUAUCGUUGGAGCCGAUGAUCGGAGCAAUAGCGGCGGGGUGUGUGGGGGUGCUGAAGCCAUCAGAGCAAGCCCCGGCGUGCUCGUCCCUCCUGGCCGAGUUGAUCCCGGCUUACUUAGACCCUAACGCCUUUAAGGUCAUUGAAGGUGGGGCUUUGGUGUCUGAGGUUCUGUUGGACCAUAAAUGGGACAAGAUUUUCUUCACAGGCAGCGUACACGUAGGUCGCGCCGUUAUGACCGCGGCCGCGAAGCACCUGACUCCUGUCACAUUGGAACUGGGAGGAAAGUGCCCCGCGGUGGUCGAUUCCCUCUCCCGUUCUUGGGAUAAAGAUGUUGCCUUGAAUCGGAUUAUUGCUGGCAAAUUUGGGGUGUGUUCUGGGCAGGCAUGCAUUGGAAUUGACUACAUUCUUGUGGAAAAGAAGUUUUGUAAUGAACUGGUAGAACUUAUGAAGAAAUAUAUGAAGCAACAGUUUGGACAAAAUCAGAAAGAAAUGCAGCAAUCACUUGCAAGGAUAGUCAACAAGAAGCACUUCUUGAGGUUGAAAAUUUUGUUGGAUGAGGCUCAGGUCAAAUCUUCCCUAGUCUAUGGUGGCUUGCUUGAUGAAGAAAAUCUGUUUAUUGGGCCAACUUUGGUGGUUGAUCCUCCACUCGAUUCUGCAGUCAUGACAGAAGAAAUAUUUGGUCCAAUUCUCCCCAUAAUAACAAUGGAGAGAAUAGAGGACAGCAUUGAAUUUUUCAACUCGAGACCAAAGCCCCUGACCAUCUACGCCUUCACUCACAACGAAUCACUCAUGAACAUGUUGGCGUCCCAGACGUCUUCAGGAAGUUUGGUCUUCAACGAUGCAAUCAUCCAAUAUGCAGCAGACACGCUUCCAUUUGGUGGGGUUGGGGAGAGCGGGAUAGGGAGAUACCACGGGAAGUUCUCAUUUGACACGUUCAGCCAUGAGAAAACAGUGGCCAAAAGGAGCUUCCUCAUUGAUUUUUGGUUCAGAUACCCACCGUGGAAUCCCCACAAGCUGCAGCUUUUAAAGGCUGGCUACAGAUUCGAUUAUCUCAGCUUUGUUCUCAUUCUCCUUGGGCUGAAGAAGACGUAUUAAUUAGCGAGCCGGCUCGCCACUCAGGAGAUUUAUUUGUGGCACGGGGAUCCUUUUCAGCUGUUUUCCCUAAUCUUUAUAUGAUUAUAAUAAUGGUGUGAUAACUUUCCCACAUGUUGUGAGCAAAUUAUUAAGUCGGGUUUACAUGAACAUAUCGGUAUUUACUUAAUCAUGCAAAAGAAAUCAAAUUUGUAUUCUGUAUUUAGUAACAACUAGCAUCACUCCCGUGCGUUGCACGGGUCAUACUUAUAUUACUAAAUUAAGAUCAUUUUU